CUUACACAAACUCUCUUUCUCUUUCUUAAACACACUUAACUAUUUAAUGAGGUUUUUAUUUUUACACUGAGAGGACAAACAAAGACAUAUCUUCACUGAGGACUCAUUUGACCCUCAUUGUAUCUAAGAAGUGAUAGACCUGGGACUGAGAUAUAACACAGCUAUAAUUACCUUAUGAUAUAGCCUGUAACUGAGAUAUAAUAUAGCUGUUUUGAUUUAUGAUGCAGCUAUAGCUAAGUUAAUAUAUAGCUUUAACUAAGUUAUGAUACUUCAACAAAAAAUGUAUAUAGAAGUAACAUAUAGAAGGAUACAGUCUGUAACUGAGAUAUGAUAAAGCUGUUAGUGGUAACAGGCCUCUAGUUUUGAUCGCCGCAGGGCAGAGAACACAUCAUAUUUCCGAGCCCUUUAUAGUCCGACAUUCCUUUCCAACUCUGACGUUUAAAAAAACUGCUAUUUUGUGUUGGUCCCAUAUUUUUUUGCAUCAGCUUCUUAACUGCAAGCUGCCGUCCUCUUACCCCGAGCAGAAUAAAGAGAAUCAAAGGAUUUUUUCCCUUAAAUGGACUAAUUUUCUCCUUGAAUUAUGAAAGUGAUGUCUUGGUAACAGGCUGUACUCUGUACCCCACCGUGUAAUGCCCCCUAAACCCUUCCACGUGGCUCGACUAGUCUCGGCUAUUAGAGCUCAUUAUAGCCUCAUAAAGGAUCUCAUUUGUGGGAUUACUUAAUAGACAAUGAAAUUUUAUCGUUCAGAAUUAUGGAAAAAUAAUAUCAGAGCAGGAACGGUGUGAUGAGGGCGCGCGCCACGUAUUAUUCCGCUUGGUUUAUCCUCUCUCUUUCUCUCUCUGUCUCUCCCUCUCUGUCUCUCUGUCUUUCUGUCUCUCCCCCUCUGUAUACCAUAACACUCCAGUGCUCCUCUCUUGUCAUACGCUGUUCACUUUAUUAUAGCAAUUACAGAUGCAUGACAGACGCGUUUGCUACUUCUCUCAUUUAGUCUAGUUUAAAGUCGUAUUCUUAUUUUGUUUCAAGAUUUCAAUUUAAUUCGCAUGAACCAAGGUCACGAGCAGGGUUACUCAUAAAUUAGCCUACUAGGCCUAUAUGCAACUAAUAACCGAUAGUCCUCUAUCUAGCCUAAUUUACACGUCAAGACAACUCUACAGGCUACAGAACAGACAACAAAGUUUGAAAUGUAGUUCUCAUUCAUUUGUAGUAAAAAAAUAAAUAAAAAAAAAACGUAUUCUGUCCGUUUAUAUAAAACAUGAAUGGAUGUUUGCACCUGAAACACUCGCCCCAUUAAACCUGCUUAGUGUAAGCGCCGCUCGCCCCGCGCUCUGUCUUGAGGCUCGAGGCGUUACUUCUUAGAUGAAAGUGGAAGCUAAAGCCAACGGUGACCCAACAGGAGAUCAAACUCGCUAAUUAUUGUCACAAGACGAAGGAUUAACGCAUUUCUGAAAUAGCUGCCUGUUUACCCUGCAGAAAACCACCAUAAUAAACACUUUCUAAUGGAAGCAUAAUCACUAUCAAAUAGCCACCACCAGACUCGACAAAAAAUCAUAGUUCUUUAAUUGCUGCUGUUGAAAUCUUUCCCAAACUAAACAGGGUAGGCUACAAUUACACAGCUACUAAAUUUAGUCCUUAGUCACAUGCACGAUUUGUUGCUUUAAAUCGCAUUUUCAGAAGCCAUACACAAGUAGACUAAGACUUUGUUUGAACAAACAGGCUACUUUGACAAUAAAAACAUGAAUCAAACAAAAAUUACGUACUCACAAUAUGCUCGUUAAUUCAGAUAUUUGAGUUCAACGAACAAACAGCGGAGGAAUUAAGGGCAAUUGAUUAUUACAGAUGGACCCCAUUUCGACGAUUUUAACUUUUGACUAGGCCUAUCUGAUAUAUUUGAUAAUAUUUCAUAAAGAAUGUGUGGACUUUUUUAUCAAUUUUUCAAAUUGUUGCUUUUUUUCAAAUUGGUACAUAUAUUGUGGUCCUAUUUCUUUGUAUUGUGCAAAAAAGAAGAAUACUUAAAUUGUUUUCUCUCCUGUGAGUAUUAUUUUUUUUCAUUUUUUUUUACAGAAAUAGGCCUAUCAAAACAUAUUAAAUAUGGCAACGUUAUGAUGCGCAAUAUGUAAUUUUGUUUAAAUAGCCUAUUGGAUACUUUAUUGGAGAGGGAAGGAGGUAAACUAUAUUGUUUUCAAAGUGUUCCUAGACAAACAACAUUUAUCCGUGCGUGAACAAAGUAGUUGAAGGUGUCGGUAUUGACUGGGACGGGGAGGGGGGUGACUGGCCUGAGAUUUUGAUUGGGAGUUUUGUUAGGUAUCACGUGGUAUGGGUCACUUGCAGUUUUGAAGCCCUUCAAACCGGGAGCGCACGUGGGUGACGUUAGGGCCAACCCUCUCCGGGGUCCCUUUUGUUUCAGCAUCAAACAUAAGCACCUUCCGACAUCCCGAGGGCUUCAGAGAAGAGACAGCAUCUCGCGCAUCGAGCUACACAGACCACUGCAGCCAUGUCGAGGUCCUUUUACGUAGACUCUUUGAUAAUCAAGGAUACGGUGCGUCCCGCUCCGCUUAACGAGCAUCCCGGACAAGACUUUCUCAUCCCCAUCAGCAUGCACUCCCCGAGCGUUAUGUCCGUCACCGCGCCGCCGUGCCCCUCGAGGAAGACAGGGACGUUCUGCGUCUGCCCGAUGUGCGUCACGUCCCACAUACACUCGCCUCGGGGCGGAAUUCCGAUGCUGAAGAGUCAGUUUCCCGGUACGGAGGUACAAUACUGUCAAAGGAUAGCGCACCAGCAGUCACAGAUAUUAGCGCACCCGGGACACGCGCCGGUCUGCACGCCCACCUACAGCAUCACGGACCCCAGAAGGUACCACUGCCUCGCCAUAGGCGCCUCUGAGAGCAGUCACCUGCAGAAUGGAAAAAGGAUGCGCACAGCUUUCACCAGCACGCAACUCUUGGAGUUGGAGAGAGAGUUCUCCUCGAACAUGUACCUGUCCCGUCUCAGAAGAAUUGAGAUUGCCACGUAUCUGAACCUGUCAGAGAAACAGGUGAAGAUCUGGUUCCAAAACCGGAGGGUCAAGCACAAGAAGGAGGGAAAGGGCGCUCAGAGGAGCGCGCACAGCGGCUGCAAGUGCGCCAGCGGCCACACGGACUACCCCAGGUCAGAGGAUGAGGAAUCCCUGUCGCCCGCCUCCGCGUUAGAGGACAAAGAAAUAUCACCGAUCUGAAUACAUCACAAACUGAUGACGUACAUUCCACUUCUGCACUUACUGUCCCGUUUCCCCGUGAGCCCGCGAGCUCAGACCACGUCAGGGGCCGUUCAAUUCUACACUCUGUCUGAGGUACAACAUGGGACUCCUGGCAGGUUCUCCUUGAAUUGUGUGUACCUGAUUCCACGUUGACUGUUGAAACGAAACACUUUGUAAAUAUAUGUUGAAACCCGUCACCUGAGCAACAUCAUUGAAGAAAAAAUGCAGUGAUUUGUAAUUCCUCGCGAGUGUUUGUCAAACCAACGUCAAAGUGACUCUCCUAGUUGUCAUACAGGCCCUUAGAGCUAAGACACUUCUCAGACCUCUCUUAGGGCACUUAGAUGUUGGAUAUCUGAAGUUAUGUGAAUUUGUCUGUGCAUAGUAUUGUUAUGUAAAAUAUGUAUAUUUGUAUUUAUUUUAAUAAUAAAAAACUGAAUUGAUGUAUCAACUAACUUCGUUUGGAAAUCAUUUCGUUGUUUUUUCAACAUUUGUGUAGAGCUUGUGGCACUGAGAGACUAUAGCAUGAGGGCUUGGAUUCAUCUCUAAGAGGUGACAGUGAAAAAGGAGCAAGAGGAGGAAGACACCUGCUUCCGACACCGUGGCCUCUGCCUGGGUUAGAAGGGUCAGCACUCGGUCGCCAGGGCCUCUCGCUCCAGCUUGUGGUUCAGAAACCACCACCGUGAAUCUGAAAUGAUCUACAAAAUACUUUCCAGAGUCGACAUUGCGUAAUAUUGCACGAUAAAAACAUUAUAAUCAAACCUAAAAUAUCCACGGUGGGUAUAGCUUAAUAUUAUAGGUAAUGUAGGCCUAUUAGAUGCGACAUGCACUGAAACGUGGUAAUUUGGGGGAAUAUUAACUUACACGUUUAAUUUAACAUGCCAUUCUUACAAGAAGCACAAUAUGUAAAUUCGUUUAGAUCAGUCUAAAGGAAGUGAUUACAUGAAUGCUCAAGACGAGGAUGAAUGCAGGUCUAAUUUAUUCAUAAGCCUCUAAUUGUUAUUAUUGCGAUAAACAAUUUCAUUAUUAUCGUUUUAAUUAUGUUAUUUUAUCAUUACUGCACUCGAAGGGUAUGCCUGAUGCUGUUAUUAUACUAUUAUGAUAUUCUGUUUUGUACUAUGGCUAUUAUUAUUAAUAUUAUCAUCAUUAUUAUCACUAUUAUUAGAAUUGUUAUUAUAUCCUUCGUGUCUUAUUUCUGCAUUGGAUGUGGCAGAGCUCGGGCCCCUGAGUCCCCACUGUCACAAAGAGUCCUGCACUGCUGCCAAUCGUCAUUUUAUGUUCGCUUUUGAAAAGACUCUGCUUGUCCAAAAAGAGUUUAAUUGCAGUUUCAGUCCCACGUUAGUUGAUUAUGCUGCGAUUCGUCCAAAACCACAGAAUAAGGAUAUAUAGAGGUGGGCAAAAGCUUUGACAGGUUGGAUUGUCCUGCUCGAGACCCGAGCUUGGGACUCGUAUUUAGCUCGGGACCCCCUCCGGCUGCGGUCUCAGAGGGCUUUGAAGACACAGCUACAGGGUUCCUCUGAGAGCGAGAGAACGGUUUAGUCACUGUUUCAUUAAGCACUAUUUGAACCUUUCAACUUAUGUUAAAUUGAGGGGGCAUGCUGAAAAUGGAGGGAUUACGUAGGAGGGGCGAUGGGAAAUUAGCUAACGGUUAAUUUAACUCGUUUCUGACGGAGUUUGGGAUACAUUCCUAAUUGAGAAGGGAAGCAGGUGAAGUUUUGGUCCCACGCAGACCCAUUCAGAGGAGGAAUAAAUAGUCUCCUUUCAGUUCCCGCUGGUGAUCAUAUAUUAUUGAGGGAAAGCCAUCUAAUGAAUAUAUAUUGAAGUUCCUAUUAAUCGAAUUAGAGUUCACCCCUUGCAGGUGUGAGUGUGAAAGACCAUCGUCCCAUUAAAAGGGAUUAACAAUGGAGUUAACUGAAGUUUAGGCAAUCUCUUUCAGCCUGACCUCGAACUGUCAGUCCGCCAUAUAAGCCUGAAGUUUACUUUCACAGUAUUAUGGGAUAUCUAGCUCCACCAAAACAUAUUACCUUGUACCCCGGGUCUGGAUCCUGUCAAGCACUCUCUGGCCAGAGUCUAUAUGAACACUGGAUCCAUCGUCUCCAAAACAGGCGAUUAACGAAAUAUUCUUACUUUUGAUGAGGGAAAAGACACCCACUCAAAUACAAAGGCAAACAAGUCCAGCACUCCAAAGACGAUAGAAUUACUAUUGAAAAUGUGGCAAUUACGCAUGACAAAAGACAAUUAAUACGACUGCUUUUCAGCCGCUUGCAGCUGGCGUCUCGCGUGGAGCCACAGGAGGAAGCUGAAGAGUCCGUGACAGGACAGGGGCGGGGUUCUGCGUAACCGUACAGACCUCUGCUUCGAUCAUGAAUCUACAACUACAAUUUUGUUUACUUUCUACAAAUGUGACAAGGCUUUCCGGUGGCUCCAAAAGCUUCGAGGACCCGCGAACAGUCCCGAAGUCUAAACGGGCGGUGCGUGAAUCCGGUGUCUAAGGUGAGGCGCUGCUUUCAACGAUGAUGAAACUGUGGAUUCUGGACACGCGCCUCAUCAAUGCUGUCCAACUUAAUGGAGCCCAGCCACCGCACAAUAUAUGCCAUGAGCCUUUGUCAGGCUAUUCAGUCGAGACCUUUUAUAAAGUGUCAACCACUUUAAAAUCGAUUCUUUUGUUGGGUAUAGAGCGUGCCUCUUGAAUCAUCAACUGCAUUUAGUCCGUUGGCUGACAUUCAACAGGCCGGUGUUAAAAUACAGUUUCAACAUAUCACAGUCCACAAACUGAACGAUCAUUGCUCCGGCCAGGUGCACAUACCCGUGCCACCGUGCCCCACGGAAGACCUUUGCAGCAAGGGGUCUGCGCUGUUCUACAGUCUACCUC